AUGGAGCCAUCUCCUCUUACUCAACAAGCUCGCCCUGAAGUAUUUCAACCGAAGAUUGUCGAGUUAUACGAGGCUCUGUUCAAGGAUGAGGAUGAACCGGAUAAGUCAGAGGGGUUUUGGAAGGAAUUCUUUUUGUUGCGACCGAAUAAAGCCACAUUGCAAAGUAUUCUGAAUGACUUAAGUGCGGACGACUUGCUACAUCUCCAGACGCAAACUAGACAAUUGUUUUCAAGGGCAGUGGGAUGUAUAAAGGCAGGAAAUCAUCCAGCAAAUGCACAUGCACUUGAUACCAUCACAGCCUUUCUAUCCGCAGUUCUCUCAAAGAAAUAUACAAACCCAAGUUCGGAUAUAAUAAAUGUUCUUGCAGGAUUGAAUCAUGUGGAUGCCAUAUUUACGGAUUUCGUUGCAGCAUUGGAUGUCACAAUUCGAACGGGGAGGAAUUUGGAUACGCGCCGCAAAGCUAUUGAAGUAGCAUUAUCAGUGACAUCUGGCGCAUAUCAGACCAGUCUACUUUCCUAUUUUACACACCGAGAUCUUUUUCCUUCUCUUAUGAAAUUUAUUCAAGAUUCAGAUACCACUUCACUUGUAUUCGAACCAUUUACACUUCUCGGACUUUUAGCCAAUUACAACAAAUUCGAAUUUCAAAACCCUUACAGAUUACGACUUGACGAUUUUGUCAAUGAAGGAACCAUACAAAAGAUAAUACGGUCGGUGGGCCAUACAUGUACGACGUCGAGAGCUAGAUAUAUUGGGAUUCAAGAUGACAUACCAGAAGGAUGGUCUGUUGGGAGUACUUUGAGUAUGAUAGGAUUAGGGGCAAUGGCUCCCGGUUCUAAACCAACUACUCCGACUCUUGAUCCUGAUGCUGCAAAGGAAAUGUUCUCAAAACUACCCGGAAGCGAAGCCGCUGUUUUAUUAGCUACAUACGACUUUGCGCAUGCGAAUAAACUAUUCUGCUUCAAUCUUGUAUCAAUACCAGUAGAGAAAGAAGUCGAGCAUCCUCUCAGCGCAUAUCUAUCCUUCACGUCCUACAUUCUUCAACACGCCCAUCUCUCUUCUCGAACCGGUUUCUAUGCGCAUACCAACCUCAUCGUUCUCCGAAUCCUAAUAGAAGAUCAAGUAUUAUGCAAAAAGAUAUGCAGCGAGGAAAGCAAGAUGCCGGUACGAUUGUGUCGACAGAGACAACCAUUUUUACCUCUGGUUCGUGCAGAUAGGAUAUUUGCUGCUCAUAUGUUGGAUGUUGCGAUUGAUGGCAUCAACCAUAAUUUACGGAAAAGAUUAGAUGUAGAUCUUUACAUCCUGUGCGUCGGCAUCAUACUACGAAUCAUCUCACACCUCUCGCGAUCUCGGACACGCCUUACAUACCACUGGUCUGAAUUAUUCCGAUCCCUCCUCGCACUUGUCCGAUUUCUUACCACUUAUACAACGGACUUGAAGAACCUUUUAAACAUCGAAAUACUUCUCGAUGAUGUGGUCAACCUCAUUGCGUUAUCUCUAUCUGCAGGUGAGGCAUUCUUACCUAGUCCUGUGGCAUACGACGACUUGUUUUACAAAUUGGUGGAGACUGGAGAGGUAUUGGAGAAGUUCCGCGACAACUAUAACCUCGGGGAACGGCCGAAGAGUUCAAUAGAUACAUUAAUCAGUGUUAGCACACACUAUAACCAAUUGCUUACGGAUGGAUCGACGGGAAAGAAGAAACAUCUAACCAGUGUACAAGUGGCUGGGGUAAUCAAGCAAGGGUAUGAGACAUUGAGCAUUCAAGCUAAAGAGGGACUUGAUGGAUGGGAAAGAUAUAGAGAAGCAGACGAGAGGACAUUCUUGAAGAAGAUGGCUAGGACAGUUGUAGCAGAUGUCAAGAGUCUUACGAAAGAGACCUGCGCCAGGGAUGGUAAUUCAUCAAUUCCAAUUCUUCAUACUCCUUAUCCUUUUAAGCGCCCAAUUGCCGCAAGUGGAGAGGUCGAAAGGUCAAAACCAGGGCAGCCGGGCAAGCUCAUACCCGAUAGCACAGCGCUAAAAUUAAUUGAUAAUUGGGGUAAUUAG